AUGGUGCGAUGGGUUAAAGGGUCUAUUUUCCUUUAAACCUAAAGAGUGUAUUAGAGUUUUUUAACUUUAGGACAUAACCUGCACUCCUCAUAGAGGUGUGGCUUCCUCGGAAAAUCCUGUUUACAGAUAGAUUGAGAUCUCAUUUGAUGCUCUCUUCAGUCACGAGGAAAGAAAACAAAACAAGUUUCUCGCUGACCAUUGGCUUUGUUCUGGGUAUAUAAAGUGCAUUGGCAAAAGACUCUGUAGCAUCUGUAACGAGAACAUCCAACACUGCAACUGUGUUUCGAUUUUACCAGACACAAUGACUGAGCCAGAAGUGUUGAAGAAGAGCUUAGUGAACGUUCUAAAAUGGGUGUCCUCCUUCGCCUCAGCAGGGGCGGUCAAUCCCCUCUUCAGUGUGGCAGCCUCUCUCAUCAAGGUUGUGGAGACAUCUGUGGAUGAUAAAUGUUUUAAAAACCUAGAACGUGAGUUUGAAGACUUAAACAAAGCGAUAAAUGUAAUAUUAGACCAGAAAAUUCAAAUCCUGCUGAACAUCAAGAAGACAGAGGUGGACGCACAGUACACAAAUAUUGAAGAAUACCUUCGCAGCCAGUUCAGCUCAUAUUUGAAGAUUGUGAAGGCAAAGCCAGAGCAUCUGCAAAGCAAGAAGGAUGAUUUCAUAAGCAGAUAUGAGUUUGGCGAAAUUGACCAAAAGAUAAACAACCUCUAUGACCUUUUGGUUGGGAACCGUAAGCUCUUUAGCAAGACAAUUCAAGGGUACUCCGAUCAUUCAAAGGGUAACAAGGAAGUCAUGAAAAACCUCUACAUACGUCUCGCCUACCUGUUCUCCAUUGGCUGCAUCACUACGAUGACCUAUUAUGAAUUCAAGAAUGAUCACAUGAAAAAUCGGAAGGAGGAUUGGGAGAAAAAAAUUCAUGACGUGAAGGAAGCGGUGGAUAAAUGGAUUUGAUAUAUUCCAGCAUGUUCUGCACAACCAGUAUAAUCAAGAAAAAGGCAGAGCAAACCUCCUAAUGAGUACACGAAACAAUUUAAUUUCCUUGAAUCUGCUUUUCCGAAUCGCAUGUUCAGUUUAGUUAAACAUGAACAAAUAUGUUUUUACUUGUCUUUUUUUUCUAAGAAUAAGAUGAAUGCAGAUUGCUUAAGAAGAUUCAUGUAAUCACUCAUCUUACAGAUACAUUGUAUUAAAGUGAUCGUAUACAAGAAUGUUGUUAUUUCUUGAUAAAUAAAAUUUUACGUUUUCUGUAUUUUUACUAAUUAGUGAUGCUUUCAUAUAAUAAUACUAAUAAUAAUUACACAAAUAAGCGUUUAUUUGUUUAUAUACUUUACUAACUGGAGAGUUUAGAGUCUAUGCAGCUGGAAGUUGCUGUUCAUCUACUGACAAAAACUGAGGCCUUCCUCCAGAGCUACAGAAACACAGGAUUUGCUUCUUCACAAUGUACUGCCAGAUACAUUUGUGAGGAGAUGAACGCUGAGGCCGUGUGCAACCAGUAGGCUGAUCGGAUUGUGUGAUGAUCAUGGCCAGACCCUAUGUUCAGACAAAAACUAAACAUCAUAACCACACAUUAAAGAACAAUGUUUGCUGCGACACUAGCUGUGGUUCUUGAUACAACAAACAAAAUGAGAUAUACUUCUAUAAUCUUCUACAAAAAAAUAAUAAUUUCCCUGCAUAAUAGACUGCUUUCUGUAUAAUUCACAGUUUGGAUUACAGUAUUAAUCUUCUGUCAAGUUGCGCCACCGUUUCCUCUAGUUGGUCACUCUUUGAGUUUUGGUUCCUCCUAUAGGAACCAAACAAUACUAUACCAUGUAAGACAGCUGGGAAAAUUCUAAGAACUGAGUUUGUUUUUUAUGUUGAGACACAAAACAAUAAAUUCACAUUUGUUUCUAAAUCCUGAGGAAUGAUAUCCUGCCCUCAACUCAGAGGUUGUUGAUGUCCAGGGAUUGAACCCUUCUUAUCACACUUCUCCCCUCCCCUUCAUCUCUUCCAGCUCUGAUCGCUGGGAAAACGCUCAUAGUGUAUAUAUCAUUUUUUGUCGUAUAUAAAGUGUUGAUCAUCAUGUUUGUUAUUGUUUUAAAGUUCAUGCUGCGAUGGGUUAAAGGGUCUAUUUUCCUUCAAACCUAAUGAAGAGUGUAUUAGAGUUUUUUAACUUUAGGACAUAACCUGCACUCCUCAUAGAGGUGUGGCUUCCUCGGAAAAUCCUGUUUACAGAUAGAUUGAGAUCUCAUUUGAUCCUCUCAUCAGUCACGAGGAAACAACAAAAAACCCUGUUUCUCGCUGACCAUUGGCUUUGUUCUGGGUAUAUAAAGUGCAUUGGCAAAAGACUCAGGCAAGCAUCUGUAACCAGAACUUUCCACACUGCAACUGUGUGUCUCGAUUUUACCAGGUGUGAUCAACUUUGUGGUUUUAUUUUAUUCUUAUACUAAGUUGAUAAUCU